GAUUGGUAUACAACUGUGUAACUACUGUGUACAAGUAUAGUGGUACAUACAAAUUUUGACAUGGAUAUACUUUUACAAAAACAGAAAUGGGCUUAUGUGAGAUACAAAGAAGGCACUCACAAAGAUAAAUGAUAUUAUUUCUAAUGAGAGAAUAGAUCAUAAUUUUGAAUACAAACCUUUCAAUAAAAGAAUUAAAUAUUUUACAACAGAUCCUAGUGGUGAUUUAGUUAAAAGUCAAAUUUUUUACUAUGAAGAUACAAAAGAGUUGGUUGAAGAAAAAGUUGCCAAUGCAAGUAGAAAAGAUUUAGCUGUAAAAGCAGUUGAAACUGCAUCAGAAGAUGAUUCGAACCAUCAUAGAAAAGUAACCAAUGAAACAGCUGUGGCUGCUAAAAUGAAAGAAAAGGAAAACCAUCGGGGGAAAUAUGCUAAACUUUUAAUGAUAGAAAAAGACAAGCUGAAUAACAUGUUGAAUGAUAAUAAGAUAACAAUUAAGACUGGUGGUGAGGAUAAUAUCAAUUUUGAUGCUGGACCAAGUCAAUUGAAAAGAAAACUUGAAAUGUGCAGUAGUAACAGUAGCUUAAUGCUACCAAAAAUUCCAAGAAUAAAAAUAAAACAUGUGUUAGAUUUAAAGCCAUCAACUUCACACGAUAGUAAUAAAACAGAUAUCUCUACAAAAGUACCUACUAGAAUUGAAAAAGAAUCUUUACCUGAUAUUAUUGAACCUUCACUUUUUGCUAGUGAUAGUAAUAGUAAUUUUUUACUUGAUCUUGAGGGAACAUCUUUAAAAAGCAAGCUAAAGAGUGAUAAAAAAUCUGAAGAUGUAUUAAUAAUGGAUAACAAUACAAAAAGAGAUGCUGGCAAAGGCAAAGGUUCAUUAAUAAUGACGGAAAAAAUUAGAAAGCUUGAAAGAGAAAUUAAAAAAAUGACUGCAAAAUAUGAUAUCUUAAUGAAAAAAGUAAAAAAUUUAGAAAUGGAAAAUGAGAGAUACAAAUCUCUAAACUUUGACUUGCAAUCGCAAGUCCUUGAUAAGCUAAGUGAACAGUUUGUCAAUCUUCUCAAGAAGAAUGAAAAGUACAUGUUCCCGUUCUACUUAUCUACAUUUUGGGAAAUCCAGAUACAAUCGAAAAGCAAAUUGGUGAUGCUUUUUUUAAUAAGGUAGGAGGAAGUAUUAGCCAUGAUAUGAACUAUGCUCCAGUCGGAUAUGAGUAUAAAAGAACUAAUGAGAUACAUAUUGGAAGAGGCAAAAACAUUAGUACAGAAAUGUACAGUAAUUUAAUGUUUAAAUCUAAAACACCAUAUCAAUGUGUAUCAAACAUCUUAAGAUCGCUAUUUACAAUGGAAGUAUUGAUAGCUAGUACUAUCACUGGAAGGGUUAGUAAUAGAACAUUAGCUAACAAAAAGGAUAAAGGGGAAGCUACCGAAAAAUCAAAGCCAAAUGCUUUGGACCCAUCUAAGCUACUGAUUUGUAAAGAUUUUUACGAACAUUGGAUUGAAAAUGAAUUCAAAAAGAAGGUAUCUGUGGAAGAAUACAACUUUCAAAAGUUAUCAAAGGCUUUUGAUGCUCAUGUUUCAAAAUGCAUCAGCUAUUUGAAGAGACCAAAAGAAAGAGACGGCACUAAUAAAAGUAAAUGUGACAUAAUUGAAGAAAAAAAAAUGAGCGAGAGUAAUUCUAAUAAUGUAGCUAAAAAUGCAAGUGAUGACAAUGAAAGUGGAUUUAUAUGCAGCCAACAUUUUGUGAAUUUGAACGAUGAAGAUAAAACAGAUGAAGAAAUAGAUAGUGACGAUCUAAUCACUGACGAGGAUACUGAUCCUCUUUCUGUGUUACCGCCAUAUCCUAGUUUUUUAGAAAAACAAAAGU